AUGAGACCAGUUACUAUUUCAACCAAAUUUCAACUUCAACCAUUCGGUAUGGCUACUCGUAUCAAUAAUAUGCUACCGCCCACUUGCAGCACCAGCAGCACUAACAACUGCAUCAUUAACAGCAACAGCAUUGGUUAUCGUUUCAAAUCAACCUUCACUCCCGCUGAACCAUUAAACGUCCAUGAUUUGAAUGAACUGACAGUCAAAGCUCAAUAUGCCGUGAGAGGGAAAAUCCCAAUUAUUGCUGAUGGAUUAAGUGAAUUGAUUAGAAAAUCACCCACUAGUCAUGGAUUGCCAUUUAACAAAAUUGUGAAUGCCAAUAUUGGAAAUCCCCAACAAUUGGAUCAAAAACCUUUGACGUGGUAUAGACAAGUGUUGUCCAUUUUGCAGUAUCCUGAACUAUUGAGUGAAGAACUGGGUGCGAAGUUUCCUGCCGACGUUAAGCAAAGAGCAAAGGUAAUUUUGGAUAAUGUUGGAUCCAUCGGUGCCUACUCACUGUCUCAAGGUGCUGCUUAUUUCAGGCAAUCAAUUGCAGAGUUUAUCACAAAGAGAGACGGCGGAGAGUUUUCUUCAAACGCCAAUGAUAUCUUUUUAACUUCAGGGGCCUCAGCCGCUGUAUCUUAUUUAUUACAAAUUUUGUCACAAGACCAAAACUCAGGUUUCUUGAUUCCUAUUCCACAAUAUCCAUUGUAUACUGCCACUAUUGCUUUGAAUAAUGCUCAACCCAUUGGUUAUUAUUUGGACGAAUCGAAAGGCUGGGCAACCAACCCACAAGAAAUUCGUCAAUUGAUUGAAGAGAGUACUGCAAAGGGAAUUAAAGUUAAAGCAUUGGUUGUAAUCAAUCCUGGUAAUCCAACGGGAGCAAUUUUGUCGCGUGAGGAUAUAGUUGAGCUUAUUUCCAUUGCUGCUGAACAUGGUAUUGUAUUGAUUGCUGAUGAAGUUUACCAAGAAAAUGUUUUCAGUGGGGAAUUUUAUUCCUUCAAGCGUGUUUUGUCAGAGUUGAAAGAGAAGCACCACAACUUGUACAAAAAUGUUCAAUUGGCUUCAUUACAUUCGACAUCUAAAGGUGUUAGUGGCGAAUGUGGGCAGCGUGGAGGCUACAUGGAACUUGUUGGUUUUAAAUCUGAUGUUAAGGAUAUCAUUUUCAAAUUGGCAUCGAUAAACUUGUGUUCAGUUGUUUCGGGACAAGCUAUGGUUGAAUUGAUGGUGAACCCACCUAAGAAGGGUGACGAAUCUUAUGAUCUUUACGUUGAAGAAACAAGCACCAUAUUUGACAAUUUAAAAACAAGGGCUAAAGCACUUUAUGAAGCCUUUUCGAAUAUGGAAGACGUGUCAGUUGAUAAACCACAAGGGGCAAUGUAUCUUUUCCCAAGUCUCAACUUUGAUCCCAAAGUUUAUCAUAAAUUAUUUUCCAGAGCCAAGAAUUCGAAUCUUGAAAUUGAUGAUUUGUAUUGUAUUGAACUUUUGGAAAAUACUGGUAUUUGUUGUGUUCCAGGAAAUGGAUUUGGACAAAAGCCAGGCACCUACCAUUUAAGAACUACAUUUUUACCGCCAGGUGAAGAAUGGAUUGAGAGAUGGGGUAAGUUUCACAAAGAGUUUGUUAAAAAGUACAAGGAUACUUCUGUUGCAUGA